AUUUUGCCUACUCCCAGUCACAACGCACUAAAGAAGUUCACGUAUGUAUAUAUAUGAGUUACUAACAACUAUAAUCCAUGCAUUAAAACAUUUGCAAAUAUAUUUUUGUCAUCCUUCAGUGAUCAUUGCCAUAUACUACUAUAGUAAAAACUUCAGUUUCUUGGUUUCUGGAGUGGAGUGAGCGAAGCCGCAAUGGAGAAGAAAGAGGAUAAUCAGCAAGAGGAAGAGCAAGUGGUGAAUCCGUGGGAAGUAUCAGGCAAAGACGGAGGAAAGAUCGAUUACGACAAGCUCAUUGACAAAUUCGGCUGCCAAAAGCUCGACCAAUCCUUCAUUGACCGCGUCGAACGCCUUACUUCUCGUCCUCCUCACGUCUUCCUCCGCCGUGGCGUCUUCUUCGCCCAUCGGGAUUUCAAUGAAAUUUUGGAUGCCUACGAGCGUGGGGAUAAGUUUUAUUUGUAUACCGGCCGAGGACCUUCUUCUGAAGCUUUGCAUUUGGGCCAUUUGGUUCCUUUUAUGUUUACCAAAUACCUUCAAGAUGCCUUCAAGGUCCCUCUUGUUAUACAACUGACUGAUGAUGAGAAGUGCAUGUGGAAAAAUCUUUCUGUGGAGGAGAGCCAAAGACUUGCCCGAGAGAACGCUAAAGACAUUAUUGCUUGUGGUUUUGACAUAUCUAGGACAUUCAUAUUCUCAGACUUUGAUUAUGUUGGAGGUGCCUUCUACAAAAAUAUGGUCAAGGUUGCAAAGUGUGUCACAUACAACAAGGCUGUUGGCAUAUUUGGAUUCACGGGUGAGGAUCAUAUCGGAAAAGUUAGCUUUCCACCUGUGCAGGCUGCUCCAUCAUUUCCCUCGUCAUUCCCACAUCUAUUCUCUGGAAAGGAUGACCUACUUUGUCUAAUUCCAUGUGCAAUUGACCAGGAUCCAUAUUUCAGAAUGACACGGGAUGUUGCUCCUCGGAUAGGGUAUCACAAGCCUGCAUUGAUUGAAGCAUCCUUCUUCCCUGCACUCCAGGGAGAGACGGGGAAAAUGUCAGCUAGUGACCCUAAUUCUGCGAUUUACGUGACUGAUUCUGCAAAGGACAUCAACUACAAGGUAAACAAGCAUGCAUACACUGGCGGGCAAGAAUCCAUGGAAAAACACAGACAAUAUGGAGCAAAUCUUGAGGUGGAUAUACCAAUCAAAUAUCUUAGUUUUUUUCUUGAGGAUGAUGCUGAACUUGAGCACAUAAAGAAGGACUACGGUGCGGGACGCAUGCUUACAGGUGAGGUGAAAAAGCGACUUAUUGAAGUUUUGACUGAACUAGUAGAAAGACAUCGUACGGCUCGAGCAGCAGUAACGGAUGAGACGGUGGAUGCAUUUAUGGCUGUGAGACCCCUUCCCAAUAUGUUUGACUGAAUUGGAGACGAAGAAAUUCACGACAGGUUUCCAAAUUAUUAUGCAAAAUAUUGAAUGGUAGUGUAUUUUAUUCUGCAAACUCCAGGGUUGUUGAUAUCUGAAACUUGGAGAUACUGUUAAUGAAGUGCUAUUUAUAAUAUGAUUUGAGUGCUACAUAUUGCAUGUUGGACAACACAAAUCAGCCCAUAAUUCCGUUAACUUGUAGGAUGCAAUAUAAUUGGAUACCUCUAAUGAAUGUUUUAGAGACUUAAAUUCGUUAUAAAUCAAAAUCGAACUUGAGCUUGAUUCAUCAACAGCCAGGUGUGUCAUCUAGUCUUGGUGAUUAAGAUUCAAUCUAGGUAGCUUUAAAGUACCAAAAACCCAAAAACGAACUUAAGGCCUUUGGAUUUUCAGGUUUGAUUAAAUUUUUGGA